AUGUUCACCCGUCGAGUGGGUGGCCCUCGUGUCUGUGCCAGAGCCUCUGGCCUAUACAAAGGACGAGCUCUGGUCGUAUGUUGUGCUCAGUGGUCGUUUGUCUGCAGGUUGGGCACUCCGAGUUAUCGGGCCGGCAUCGAAGCAGGCAACGGGCGGGGGGUGCUUGCUCGAGGCCUGACAACAUUAGCGAGCUCGAGGCAUGUGUGUCCGUUUGCCAAAACAGUUGUCUACCGUCCGAACGGGCCGCCGACAAUAUCGGGCAGGUUGAAAAACAUGCGCAAUCCUCCGUUCUCACGCACGCCUGAAAGAUGA